UUAACAUUUUAGAUCCAACUCCGACUGGUGAAACUCUCCGGAUUAUAGAUUUGACUUCCUUGACACGAAAAGUUUGUCAGGAAAUGGUCAACCACAGUGCCAAUCAUUUUUUUGGGAUGUUGGAUCUAACUUGCAGCUUCUGGAGAACAAUUUAAUGCUACCGAAUUUACGCUGCGCCGAAGCAAUGUUCCGACGUUGUAUUAGGUCAGGCGUCCGCUGCCUGGACAGAGGAACAUGCCCAUGCAAUGAUUGCAAAAACUCCCUUACACUUUGAUUGCCGUUGACUUACUUUACAAUGUUUCGAACUACCUCUACAUCAAGUAAAAAUGGGCACACACUGAGUGUCCUUAAGUGUAUCGUCAUGGGAAAAGCGCAGCACCCACUGCUCUCCAAACUAGCGCAGAUGAAGUUGUGCUUCUGCUGCCCAAGCAAGCAGCGUGGAAAAAACAUAGACGCUCAAGUGUAAGCAGCCAUGGCAGACGAAAAACCUAAGGACGGAGUGAAGACUGAAAACAAUGACCACAUAAACUUAAAGGUGGCAGGACAAGAUGGUUCAGUGGUCCAGUUCAAGAUUAAAAGGCACACACCUCUAAGCAAACUCAUGAAGGCAUAUUGUGAAAGACAGGGUUUGACAAUGAGGCAGAUUCGGUUUAGGUUUGAUGGUCAACCCAUCAACGAGACAGACACGCCAUCACAAUUGGAAAUGGAAGAUGAAGACACAAUCGAUGUGUUCCAGCAGCAAACAGGGGGAGUUCUUCACUAGAGACUGUUUCCAUGUCCCACCAACCCCCCUACUUCCCCUGCCACUUCCACAAUCACAAACUCUGGCUCUGUUUUCCAAAUCGACCCUGACCUCUUAACCCUAGACAAUUCAUGCAGGUCUGAAAAUAAUUAAGUUUUGAUGAAUGCUUAUGCCUUCUGCUGUCGAACAUUUCUUUUGGAUUUUUCUAACCCUUUUAAGUUUACUGAUGUGCCUAAUUAAAAGGGGCUAUGGGUUGAUUUGGAAGUCAGCAAUCCUGUGAAGGCCAUAUUUGUCAGUAUGGUCCUGUUUCAUGUGCGGAAAUGAUAGCAAUCAAAGCCAACAAUUCUGGGCACUACAAUGUUUGUUUUGGAAGGGGGUUAUGUAAAUUCUAAUUCAGUAUUUUUUGAUGAUUGCUGGUCAACAGACUUACCUUUUUGUCUUUUAAGAGAUGGAUUCUUGAUCUUUUUAUACUUCUUUUGUUUGUGAUAUUUUUUCGAUGUUCUUCAAUUAGCCUGUGUUUUAAUUGACUCGUGUCUGCUAAAUAAAUUGUUUUUGUAAUGUU